GAUGAUGAUGAUGAGGCGCGCUCCAGCAGCCGAGGACGUCCACGGACGCGGACUGAGUCCCGUGACGUGAGCCGGGAGGAGCAAAGUGGACAUGGCGGAGCUCCCGUGGCUGCUGGUGACGCUCGUGCUGUCCACGGGCUGCACGUGCCAGCACUACCUGCUGCUGCGCCCGGUGCCCGCCGACACUCUCCCGGUCGUGGAGCUCCAGGAGGACCCGGACCCGCUGCUGGACCCCACGCAGAAGGACCUGGACGAGACGGCGCUGCGGGGCGCGCUGGGCGCACACUUUGACGCGCGCGUCAUGUCCGUGCACGAGCCGAGUGGCGGCAACGACGAGGCGGACGCGGACGCGGACGCGCGCGUCAUGCCCGAGGAGAUCCGGGCCAUGGAGUUGGAGGCGCCGCGCGGCAAGAGGCGGAAGCUGCGGCGGCGGCUGCUGUUGUGGCUGUGGACGCGCGCCCGCUGCCCGGUGACGCGCGCCUGGAGCGACCUGGGCCGCCGCUUCUGGCCGCGCUACGUCAUGGCGGGAAGCUGCUCCAGCGAGCGCUCCUGUUCGAUGCCGGAGGGCAUGCACUGCAGGCCGGCGCGCUCCUCGCACCUCACCCUGCUCAGGUGGCGCUGCCUGCGCCGGAAGGCGGCGCUCAGGUGCGCGUGGAUCCCGGUCCGAUACCCCGUCGUCUCCGAGUGCAAGUGCGCAUGCGCCAACUGAAAGGCGCCGCUGGGCGGGACGGCGCGAGACUUUCGUCAAAGUUGACAAAGUCUUUUCGAUGAGGCACUUCCGGACAGAGUUUGCCAAAAUAAAAGCGCAGCCUUCAGUG